AUGGUCACAUCAUCAUCCUCUCAAUCGACGACAAAUGAGAGUUCAUUCAUAUGCCACUUAGUGCGUCAUUCAGCCUCCAGCCCCAGCCCUCACAGCCCCUGCCCUCCAACCCUCACAGCCCUGCCCUCCAGCCCUCACAGCCCCUGCCCACCAGCCCUCACAGCCCCUGCCCUCCAACCUCACAGCCCCUGCCCUCCAGCCCUCACAGCCCCUGCCCUCCAACCUUCACAGCCCCUGCCCUCACAGCCCCUGCCCUCCAGCCCUCCACAGCCCCUGCCCUCCAACCUCACAGCCCCUGCCCUCACAGCCUGCCCUCCAGCCCUCACAGCCCCUGCCCUCCAACCUUCCGCCCCUGCCCUCCACAGCCCCUGCCCUCCAGCCCUCACAGCCCCUGCCCUCCAACCUUCACAGCCCCUGCCUCCAGCCCCUGCCCUCCAACCUCCCACAGCCCUGCCCUCACAGCCUGCCCUCCAGCCCUACAGCCCCUGCCCUCCAGCCCUCAGCCCCUGCCCUCCAACCUCACAGCCCCUGCCCUCACAGCCCCUGCCCUCCAGCCCUCACAGCCCCUGCCCUCCAACCUUCUGGCCCACCCUCUCACAGCCUGCCCUCCAACCCUCAGACCCCUGCCCUCAGACCCCUGCCCUCCAGCCCUCACAGCCCCUGCCCUCACAGCCCCUGCCCUCCAGCCCUCCUCGACCCGCCUUUGUGGUGAGCAGAGAAGAGACAGAUAUACACAAUCAGCGAGACAGCUUCCUCUGCUCACUUGGGUACACAUGCACCCAAGAGCAACCUGGCACACAUGCACCUGCUAAGAGCACUGGCACAUGCACCCAAGAGCGCCUGGCACACAUGCACUCCAAGAGCACUUCUUCUGCACAUCGCACUCCAAGAGCACUUUCGGGUACACAUGCACCCAAGAGCAUUUCUGGUACAUGA